ACUGAGAUGCCCAUUAGUACAACUGCCCCGACGCUGAUGCCCCGGUAGCUCCCACAAUGGGGCAAAUACCUUGAUUGUCUCUCUCUUCCCCAUAGGAAAUUCCUUGGAACCAGGAAAACCCAUUAGAUGUGGAUUCUGCUGGGAACGGAGCCCUGAAAACAACCCCCCCCCCCCCCCUUGGACCGGACACAGAAUCCAACGGAGCCUCCUGGAACCAAUAGCAGAACAUUGGGCCCCGGGGAUUCACUACUGUCGUCUCUAUGUCUCCUACCCGGGCGAGUGUGUAACGUAUUAGUUGGCCCCUGCAGGUCCCCAUAGCAACCAGAGCCGGUGGCCCAGGAAUGGAUGGGGGGCUGAUCCAGCCUCCCAGAGGGCGGAGCUUGGGCAGGGUGUCGCUGAUGGAGAUGAAAUGGACCCACCUGGCGCUGGUUCUGCUCCUGUUUGUUUCCAUGACAAUGACCGGCUGCUUUAUCUGGCAAUACAGGCUGCCCAAGAGAGAGCCCGGUUCCUCGGUGAGGGAGGCAGUUGUGGAGGCGGAGCCAAUGUGCCCGCGGUACCCAGACCCAGUGCCACUGGAGCACCCAAUCCCUGUACUGAAAGAAGCACUGGAUAAGGUGGACAAAUUCCUGCGCCAUACAGUUCGGGACCCGGGGCUGCCGGCCGUUUCCGCCAUUGUUACCUAUAACGACACGGUUCUAUGGACCGGGAACUUCGGCAGGAGGAACGGAUCCGACCCGACCUCCCCGGCGCCCAAUGAGUACACGGUGUAUCGCAUCGCCAGCCUCUCCAAGCUCUUCCCCACCCUCAUGCUGUACAAACUGUGGGAAGAUGGAGACGUCGCUUCGCUGGACGACCCCCUGGGGCGCUACGUGGGCAACUUCUCCAUCAGGAACCCCCUGGCACCGGGCCGAACCCCCGGGCACAGACACUCAGGAGAUGGGAUGGCCCUGUCUGAGAAAGGGGCCCCGACCGCCCGGCCCUCCCCUGUAACUCUGCGCAGGAUGGCGAGUCAGCUCUCAGGUCUCCCGAGGCGACUGCGCUCCACCAACCUCCUAUGGAAGGGGAGCACCGAGGAGGCGCUGGAGCUGCUCCGGGACGACGUCUUGGUGGCCGACCCUGGUACCAAGUGCCACUAUAGCAACCUGGCAUUCUCCCUGUUGGCGCACGUCCUGGCAGAACACUCGGCGGAAGGAAACUACCAGCGGUGGGUGUCGGAGAACAUUCUGGACAGGCUGGCCAUGGAGGACACCGGAUUUGACAUCACGCCCCCCAUCUUGUCCCAAAUGGCGGUCGGGGUCUACGGCAGCGGGCAAGUGGCCCCAUUGUACGACCUCGGGUGGUACCGCCCCUCGGGGCAGAUGUAUUCCACGGCGGCCGACAUGGCGAAACUGGCGAUGGUGCUGCUGGGAACGUACCAUCGGCGCCUCCUGGAGGCCGACACCCUGAAGACCAUGCUGACGCCCCUCUUCCAAUGUGCCCACAGCUACUUUGCCAACAAGACGGGCACCCCCUGGGAGGUCAAUGAGCAGUUUGGCUACGACAUCGUCCGGAAGGACGGGGACUUGGACGGAUAUUCCGCCACCUUCUCCCUGGUGCCCAAACUCCGCCUGAGCUUCAUUGUGCUGAUGGCCGGGCCCAGACCCCAAGGAGAAGACCUUGUCUCCAAGACCUACGGCCUCCUCAUUCCUGCCCUGGAAACGGCCUUCCGAGAGGCCGAGAAGCAGCUGAACCCAACGCCCAACCCCGCGCCCUACGUGGGCUACUACACCUACGCCAACCUCACCUUCUAUCAGAUCAGGGCGGGGCCCAAGGGGGUCCUGGUGAUGCAGCAGUUUGGCCCCCACGUGGAGCAGCUCAUCCCUGAGACCUACAGGACCAUCCUGCUCCAUUACCUUGAGGAGCACAUCUUCCAGGUGGUGUUUGAGAAGGAGUACCCCUGUGUCCUACAGCUGGGCUCCGCCUCCGUCUCCUUGGAGACCCAGGACCGCCAGCUCUUCCACUUCUACCCCUUUGACUCUCGCGGUUUGUCACCCGGGUUUGAUGCCCCGGGGCUGAACACGUAUAGUGUAAUGCGCAUCCAACACAAACCCGUCUUCUACACCUAGGGGCCCCCCAAAUCUGCCCCCGUGCUGGGGACCCAUCUCAGUGCCUCAGAGCCCGGCUGUGGGAGGGGCCAGUGGGUCGCCACUUACUCCUGGAUCUGCUCCACUGACUUUGUCCCCAGGAGCUGCCCCAGGGCAAGAGAACAUUGGCACAUAAACCUGUAUCUAAUGACAAGUUCCCCUUUAACCUCACCGUCCAUACAGAUCCCCCAGCCCCCAGCGGCUCUUCUCAUUGGUUCCCCCCCUCAGGCUCAGGCUCUAAGAGAUUUGACUCUAAUCCCCCAGUUUGUGUCCUACUUUUCCAUGUAAUUUAAUGCCAAUCCCGUGGGCAAAGCUGUGGCGCCAUCUGCUGGGCACAGAGGGGAACUGACCGUACAGAGCAGGGAAUUAGGAUAAAACUGCCCCCUUACUAAUUGCCCCACUUCUUCUGCCACUGGCAAACUCCUGGCACUAUGCAGCCAAGGGUUUACUUGCCCUUUAUUCUCUAAUACUAGUGGAACUGUUGAUAUGCAGUUUAUCUCUAGGGGUUGGUAAGUACCCCCAGUAGGGUGACUGGAACAACUGGCGUAUGGAGUACAGCUGCUGCUAUGCUAUUGGGUAGCUCAUGCCCCGCCCCCCUGUGCCAAUACUGGAUAUUGUGAGAGAAGAGAUCCCUAUUCGGGGGCAGUUUGUAGCCACUAGGAUAUAAUAAAGAGAUUAUAGAUACCCCA